AUGUUGGCACCUGACUCAUCUCCUUUCGUGUUGGAAAAUCCUGAGAAGUUGCCCACUUUAGAACUCUACCGCAGAUAUUUCCCAUUUGACAAUGAUGUGUAUAAGGCGGUCCCGGUGGAAGGAACUCAAUCCGAAGGCCUCUCCCCAAUCUACCGGAAUAAAAAAACGGUGAAGAGAAUCAAGACAUUUUUGUUGGAAGGUUUAGAGACUGUCCAUGAUAUUUUUGAGGAUAUUGUCUCCCAGGUUCCCGAUUCUCCUUGUUUCAAGUACCGGCCUUAUGACUACAAACUGGGAAAGUCUGAAGACGUCUACAAGCCUAUUAGUUUUGCGGAAGUGCAGCAAAUGAAGAAUGAUCUAGGAGCUGGUAUCCUUUACCUGUUGCAAAAUAAUCCAUUCAAGAACUCUCAGGUUCAUGAAUCCCAUCGCAAGAUUGAUAACCACGUCCUGGACUACAAAACUUACGAUUGUGACAACCAUUCCUUUGUUGUUACCUUAUAUUCGAGCAACAGAUACGAAUGGAUUGUGACCGACUUGGCCUGUGCAAGUUUUGCCAUUACCGACACCGCCUUGUACGAUACCUUGGGAGAAAGUGCUUCUGAAUUUAUCUUAAGUUUGACCCAAUCUCCAAUCGUUGUUUGUUCUAAACAGCAUGUCAGAGGGUUGAUUGAUUUGAAGCGCAAAUUCCCCAAGGAAUUGGCUCCCCUUAUCUCCAUUGUGUCAAUGGACCCAUUAUUUAUUGAGGACCGUCCUCUUGUGGAAUUGGGUGAGAAGUCCCAAAUUAAAGUGUUUGACUUUGACCAAGUUAUGGGACUUGGUAGACUUUUCCCUUUGGAAAAUCUUCCCCCUAAUGCAUCGACGAUGUACACUAUUAGUUUCACUUCGGGAACUACUGGUUCUAACCCUAAAGGUGUUUGUCUCACCCAGGAAAAUGCUGGUAGUACUUUGAGUUUCCUUCUUCCUCAGGUACUUUCCACCCCUGAUGCGUUUUCAUUCUUGCCUUAUGCUCAUAUAUUUGAGAGAGAAACUGCAUUGAUCACCAUGGCAACUGGGGCUUGUCUAGUGAUGCCUCAGUUGAACUACACACCAUUGACUUUAAUUGAAGAUUUGAAAUUGGCUAAACCAACAAGAAUCUCUCUUGUUCCAAGAAUAUUAAAUAAAUUCGAAGCAGUUAUCAAGAGUAACACCAUUAACAAUCCUAAUUUCUCGGACUUCAAGAAAUCGAUUUUUACUAAUUUGUUUAACUCGAAAAUGGACGACCAAUGUCAUGCUGAUGGCAAUGAAGGUAGAAGGUUGAUUCUUGAUAAGUUAAUUAUCAAUAAAAUCAAAACCCAGUUUGGUUUUGACAAUAUUAAUUACGUCAUCACAGGUUCUGCUCCAAUUGACCCUGAAACUGUAAGAUUCUUGAAGGCCAGUUUGCAGAUUGGUGUUAGUCAGGGCUAUGGUUGUACCGAGACUUUUGCUGGUAUGUGUUUAAGCCGUCCCUUUGAAGCUAAUCCUGGAAGUUCUGGUUGUACAGCUGGAAACACCGAAAUUCAAAUUAGAGAAAUCCCAGAAAUGAAUUACACCUUGCAAGAUGAAGGAGGUCCAAGAGGUGAAUUGUUAAUUAGAGGCAGCCAAAUUUUCAAAGGAUAUUACAAGGAUCCUGAAGAAACAGCAAAAGCACUUGACAGUGAAGGGUGGUUCCAUACUGGUGAUGUCGCCAGGAUUGAUGCUGUAGAUGGAAAGAUCACCAUCAUUGAUAGAGUCAAGAACUUUUUCAAAUUGGCCCAAGGAGAGUAUAUUGCUCCAGAAAGUAUCGAAAAUAACUAUCAAUCUAAUAACCCUAUUUUGAGUCAAAUGUUCAUCCAUGGUGAUUCUUUAAAGGACUAUUUGGUGGCUGUUUUAGGUAUUGAUAAGGCCAGUCAGAUCGAAUUUUUGGCAAAGCAAUGUAAGCUUUCACCCAAGCAAUUAACGUCAUUGACAGAUGAGGCCCUUUUGAAGCUCAUCAAUGAAAAGAAUAACAAACGUACUUUACUAAGCUUUCUUAACAAGUCUGUUCCCCAAUUGAAAGGGUUCCAAAAGAUCAAGAACGCUUAUAUCGAGUUUGAGCCUUUAACAUUAGAAAGAGACGUCGUAACUCCAACCAUGAAGGUAAAAAGACCCAUUGCAAAGAAGUUCUUCUCUGAUGUCUUGUCGCUGAUGUAUAAAGAGGGCCCUAUCAGUGGAGAUGCGAAAUUGUAG